AUGGUGUUGCACUGCGGCCUGUUAGACGUCUCGGACUACGACUUUGAGGUGGCCAGAGAGCUGCCGCGAACGAGGUUCCUUGCCCAAGGCCUCGACGAAGAAGGCAGACUCAUUGAAGGGUACGAAGAGGAAGAAGAAAACCGAAAGAGAGAACUAACAGAGCAACUCAAAGAUAUCGCCAGGACAGCUGGAGCGGUGGUACCUGCAGAGCCAGCAGCAGCAGCAGGAUUUCCUGCUGCAGCAGCUUUGUUUGACUUUGCUGCUGCUGAGCCAGCUGUGCUGCAGCACAAGCGACGCAUUGAGAGAGCAAUAGAACUGAAGAAAGAUUUUCUUUGUGUGUUCCCCUCGGCUCUGCCAGUGGUGAACCCUGCAACAGGCGAGCUGAUCGAAGCAACAGCAGAGCAGCAGCAGCAGCAGCAGCAGCAGCUGCUGCUGCUGCAGCAGCAACACGCUCAACAAGCACACAGAGACAGCCUCGCCGCCCUACACACCCUCAAACUCGAAGUCCUUGGCAUGCGCCUGCAGGUGCUUCAGCGCGAAGUCCUCGUCAUGGGUGCGCCGCGGUGCGCGGUGGGGCCGAAGGGGGAUUUGACGGCUCUGGAUUUCAGCAGCAAUGCAAACUGCAAGUUGCUGCUGCAGCCGCCGAUGCUGCUGCGGUCUUCGUUUACUGUGGAGGUGUUUCUGCUGCUGCCGCUGCCACCGAGCUGCAGAUACACCGCAGUGUGCUCAGACGCCGAAGGCAACGUCAUGCUCUGCUUCGUACAGAAACAAAUUCGAAACAAAAAGCAGCAGCAGCAGCAGCAGCAACAGCAGCAGCAGCAGCAGCAGCAGCAGAAACAACAGGAACCCACUUACUUCGCUGAUCUAGGCAUCCUCAUUCCUAAGGACGCAACUGAAUCAGCCGACGACAGCAGCAGCAGCAGCAGCAGCAGCAGCAGCAGCAGCAGCAGUGAUUCAAGCGACAGCAGCAGCAGCAGCCGUAGCAGCAGCAGCCGAGAGAAAAAAAAGAAGAAGAAAAAGAAGGGUAUUGGUGUGUUGUAUAAGAACGGUUUUGUAUCUUGUUUGAGCCGAAAAGGAGCCGAAAAAGAAAAAGAAAAUCUAUGCUCAGCUCCAUAG